GUGACUCAUCCUCAACCACUCCCGGAACCUCCCCGGCCAACACACCACAAGCUCCACUAUCCUCCUGCCCGCUUAAAGGCUCCUGCCUCCUGGAGAUCAAUGUUCAGGAUUAUGUCGAUUGGUGUUUGAUAGAGAAAGAUCUGAUCUUUGCUCGUUUGCGACAACCCAUACCAUACGCGAUCUAAUAAUCCAUACGAAAAGUCAGACAGUAGGAAAAACCAAUCCUAAUUGAAUCAGAGGAAAACCGCUAGCUUUGCUUUUAAUAUAAUCACUCUCAUCAAGAUUAGAGGCUUCAUAAAGCUCAGCUUCACUACUCUUGGAUCCUACUGACUUAACAAGGCAAGCUCCUGAAAGCGCUGCUGGGAACAAAGAGAUAUUGUUUUGGAGCCUAAAGAUUCAUUCUUUGAUGGGUGGGAAUUCUGUCAUCUGUGAUUCCAGGUUUCAACUAAAGAAGUGUGCUGCUGAGAGAUUGGACAAUUAUGAUUGGAUGAGUCGCCUUCCAGAUGACAUUCUUGUUGUGAUAUUGUCUUCUCUUCCGCUGAAGGAAGCUGGGCGCACGAGUGUUCUUUCAUCUAGUUGGAAGAACUUGUGGAAACAAACCUCACGCCUCAAUUUUAAUGCAAGCAGCGCAUUGGACAAGAUUGCUCGAGAUCCCAAGCUACGUUGUGAGGAGAGGCACAUGUAUGUAAGGUGGGUGAACUCAGUCCUGAAAUCUGCACCACGCAAAGAAGCGCUCAACUUGGAGCACUUCAGGAUCUGUUUUGAUGUAGGGAAAGGAUUCUCUGGGACCAUUACAAAGUGGCUGAAGUUUGCUUUUAAGAGACGAGUUGAGAGGUUGGAGUUGAACCUUCUGGAAUAUGGCGAUAACGAAUCAGAGAAACAGUACGUGUUCCCUGAAGACAUCUUGUUCCGAAAGAGCAUUGACAUCCCUCACCAAACUACUACACUUUACAACUUCAAUUCCUUGAAAGUGCUGUGCUUUAAGAAUAUCUCGAUCAGUGAUGAAGCUAUUGAGUUUUUCUUGCGCAACUGCACAUCACUGGAGCAAUUAGUUCUUCAAGACAUAAAUCAAUUAUCAAAUCUAGAAGUUCGUGGUCCAUCUCUCGUGCUAAAAAGCCUGUAUGAAAGUUUUUGCGUUGGUUUGGAAUCCAUUAAGGUAUCAGCACCAAACCUUACUUCACUUGCUGUUUCGAUAACAGAAGGACUCGUGCUUGAGAAUGUUCCAAUGCUGGUGGAUUUAGCUAUUACCUGUCAGAAACGUCACAUGCCAUUGUUAGUUCCUGCACUAUCUUGUUGCUUUUCCCAAUUGGAGAUUCUUACCUUGCGGCUGCCGUGGGGCUAUAAGGAUCAUGAUAUUGCGCGGUUUAACUUCCCUGAGCUGCUCGAGUUGAAGAAGCUGGUUGUAGAUUUUACCCCAGAACGUGAUGCAAGUGUUCUUGGGCUAAUGAUAUUCAUGAGGAUAUCUCCCAACCUAGAAGAGUUUUUGUUGAUGGUGGGUGGGUCUGACUAUUUGUGCGUUAUCAUUUGGCUUUUUGUAUGUUUUUUCCCCUUUUCCCCAUUUUAUCAUAGCUUACUUUUUAUCUUUCUUUUCCUUUUGGCUCCGAUAUAAUGUAUCGAUUCCAUGUCAGCCGACCCCAAAAUCAAUCUUUUGGGACUGAGGCUUGGAUGUUGUUCUAUAAUCACAGUGUUCUGGUUUUGUUAGUAUGCUUGUGUUAUUCAAAUGAUUCUGGAAUUUUGCUGCUUGCAUGUUGUCAUGUGCUAGCAGAGAAGUGAACAAGGGGACACCAUUUCCACACCAACACCUUAAGGUGUUCCAGUACUUGGGCUAUUACGGCCGUUGUAGUGAUAUGGAAGUAGUGAUGUUCAUUGUGGAAAACUGUGUUGGGCUUCAACAAAUCAUAAUCAAUCCAUCCAUGCCGCUAGAAUUGUUGCAUACACCACUAGAUCCCGAUGAGUUGGAACGAGAAGAAGUUUGCAGAAGUCAUGCCAAGCAACAGCUGGAACCAAUAAUCCCUCCCCACAUUACAUUGGCUAUCCGAUAGAUUCUUCUUGUUAUUUUAUAUUAUCGCUGCCGCUGCUUCUAAAUUUUGUAAUUUACCUGAGUUGAUUUGUAAUUUAAGAUUUUUUACUAGGGAAAAAGACAUAGAGGAAUAAGAAAGUAGUCAAGAGGUUUGUGAUGUUAAAGCCUAGGAGUCCAGGACUGUUCUGGUAAGUGUGUUGUUGCAAUUGCUUUCUAUAUGCUACAAUUAAGUCAUGGAUUGUGCUACUAUAUUUAGUUUAUGCAACUGUAAUGAAAUUUUGUUUCUAUAGAGAGUGCUUAGUCGCUAAUGAAAUUCUCUCAUUAAGAGGAUAGUACA